CGCUGGGGGCAGGGCCUCAGUGGUGGUCCUGAUGUCCCCCAUGCCGCGUUUAGUGUGUCUCCAGUCUGCACAGAGGGCAGCGGCGUGGGGAAACCAAAGGAGCUCUCUGUGAGCCAACCGCAAAACUACAACAAAAUUGUUACUGAGAAGGAGUUAUUGGAAGCAGCUGGGCAGCAGCCAUCUCUACGUUUGACAUUUCUGCUUCGACUGACCGAGAACACUGAGGUGUCUUGGGAGACUGUAUUAUGGCAGCACCGACUGUACAUCCAGGUGCCAUCAUGUCUUCUGCCUGAGGGCUCCAAGGAAGGGUUUUUGUCCUUGUUGGAAUAUGCAGAGGAAGUGCUCAGGUGCACCCAUAUCAUAGUGUGCUUCAAAAAAGAUCGCAAUGACAGAGCACUGCUGGUGCGGACAUUCAUGUUCUUGGGCUUUGCAACAUUGCCACCAGGCCACCAGCUGAUCCCAAGUAACACAGAUGCUUGCAACCUGUACAUGGUGUAUUCCAUUGAGUAGCCAAGCAUCAGUCUCGACAGACGAACCUUCUCAGAUGUCGUGCCAAAUGAUGGAUUGAUCCUUCUCUUGCCACUUUUAACCAGGAACAGAGUUUUAUGUGCAAAUAUUGACUUCAAAGAAUUUGUUGUGUGUUUCAUCACCAAACAGUGAAAUUGUUAGUUCUCAACUCAGUAUGAAUUUAUGCUACUGUAGUAUUGCCUCAUUAUAUUUCAUAUAAGCAUUGUUUGUGUAAUGGGUGAGGUUUAGAUCUUAUAAAUAAGAGUUUUGCUCAUACUUUAGUAGGAGAUGUUUGAUCUUUGCACAUCCUUUUGAUUUCUGGUCAUCAGGUAAGUAUGUUGGUUUUAAAAAUUGUAGUUGUAUUGAUAAGCCUACACAAUAUUUAUACAUGUUCUUGUAAAGGAUGUUGACACAGAUUCAGCGAACGCUGUCGCGUUUUAAUAUGUAUGAUUCAUGCAAGAUGAUAAUGUAAAUUUUAUGGUAGGGAUUACACCUUUUCCUAUCUGUUUUAUUCUCUAUACAUGAAAAUAGGUUCCUCCCUUUUAAAAGAUAUUGUUCGGUAAUUAAUAUGUUCAUUGUUCCAAAUAAAAUACUAGUGAUGUGGUACUGAGAGAUUGUGUCCACUUUUUGUUUAUUAGUACUUAAAGAGUAUGCAUGUGGCUGUAAUAUUAGGAAGACAGACUUGCUGAAGUGGGCAGUAUGGUGUGUGGUAAAGGUCAACACAAUAACCUAGGUGCAUAAGCCUAUAUUUAUUUAAAUAUACUGAAAUGUUCUCAUGUAAGGGUUUACAUUUUCUGCAUGUUAAAGUUUUUUCAUCCUUUUUAAAUAUUAUCUAUGUAUUCAUUAUAAUCAUGCAUAGGAUAAGUUCUUGAUUGUCAUUUUGUGUUAAGAACUAUGUUAUCUUGUAUUUCCCUUAAGUUCUCCCAUCACAGCAAGUGUUAAAAGUGGCAAGAUGAACUGUUUCCAUUAAGUAGAGUAACUGUGCAUCUAAUUGCAAUUUCUCCUAAAUGGUAAAGUGGUUUAAACAUGUUUUCCCAUGUCUGAUAAAAAGGUUUGCAAAUAACUCUAAAAUACAACUUUGUGGCACAAUAAGGAUUUCAUAUGUACUGUUAUGCUGGAAGCAGGAAUAUAAUUCGUACUGUUUACAGUGAUUGAUGACUUACAGGAAUGGAAGUGAUAGUAUUGGAAAUUAGAUUUAAUAAUUUAGGGGUUUUUUUUUAAAUUGGAAAUUUUGUAUGUAACAGAUAUAUUUAGUCCUUAUAUGGUUGAUUUUUAGAUAAUUUGCCAACCUCUGCCUUUAAAUGCUGAUUGAUUACACACUUAAAAACAAAAAACUCAUUCAUGAAAAUGAAUGUUUAAAAAAAUGUUUAAAAUGUUUACAAAUGAAAAAAAUUAGUGAUAGUAACUGUAUUCCUAAACUUGUUCAGUGGUAAUAACUUAGUUACAAAGGCUCCAUUCCAGUUUUUUUAAGUGAGUGCAUUCUAUUCCAGUCUUGAAUUAUAUAAGAGGAAAAAGUGAGUCAAAAUGGCUAGUUGAAUGAAUUGUCAGUGGUUGAAAUAGUUUAUCUUCGAAGAGCAAAGCAAUAUCAGAGUCAUGCAUUACAGAAACACCCAAUAAGAUGUUUAUUUUUGUGAAGAAAAAAAAUGCAACAUACACAAGAGGACCAUACGCUUUGAAAAGCAAUACAGAAAUUUGAGAAAGGCACCACUUCGGUACAAUAGGAUUUUAAACAAAUUUGAACAAUCACCUUGUGCAUAUUCAUUUAAAACAUGUAAAAUGCAGUACAUGAAAUAUAAAGAAUGGAAAUUGAUGUG